GUAAGCGCCUGACUUAUUGCGAUGCUUGCCUAGACCAUCGGUGACUUGUAAGGGCGUCUUGCGACCCGACACUGCACCGCACAUAGAAAGUUUUCCCUCGUCUGGGGUUUCACGCUACCCUUGCUCAAUUUUACCACCCUCACAUCUUACUGUAGUUUAGUUUAAUGGCCACUCUUCUCCAACACGGGAGGGUCGCGGUGGCCAGUGCCUCCACCUCAAGCAGCGUUUGGGUGCCCGCGGUGCCUGCUCGCCAGCCCUUCGUUAACAGGCAAUCACUUGGCGCUUCCUCGCGGUCGUCCCGCCGCAAUGUGGAGGCUCGUGGCAUUCGUCGCAGCCCCGUGGUGACGCCCGAUAUCCAGAUUGGCCACGGCGAGGAUGCGAUCGAAAUGGACCUGUACCGGUACCUGCUCUCGAACCGCAUCAUCUUCAUCGGCGGCUACAUCAACGAUAAGAUGGCGACGCAAAUCGUGGGCUCGCUCAUGGCGCUGGAGGCGGUGGACGAGAACGAGGACAUUCGGAUAUACAUCAACUCGCCAGGCGGCCAGCCGUACUCGGUGCUGGGUGUGGUGGAUGCCAUGCAGUCCAUCAAGCCGGACGUGCAGACGGUGGCGCUUGGGGCGUGCUACAGCUACGCCAGCCUCGUGGUGGCUGCGGGGACCAAGGGCAAGCGCUACGCGAUGAAGAACACGCGGCUCAUGAUGACGCAGCCCAUGGGCGGCUCCCAGGGUGACAUCUACCAGAUCAAGGCCACAGUGGAGGAGCUCAACGCACUGUACCAGAUCUUCUCGCGCUACUACAUGAAGUUCACCGGCAUGAACCAGGACCAGAUUGAGCAGGCCACCUGCCGUGACCACUUCAUGACGCCCGAGCAGGCCAAGCUGGAGGGCCUGAUUGACGAGAUCAUCCGCGGCAAGGGCGACUACACGGUGCCGCCCGCCAUUGUUCGCCAGUUCCGGGAGGUGGGCCUGGUGGACGACCUCACGCCCGGGCCCUUCCUCAAGGUGGACUGCAACUGAGCAGCAGGAGCAGCAGGAGGCGGAGGCGGCAGCAGGGGGGAUACACACAUGCCGCAUUUGGAGUGCCAGGAGAGCCCUGUCGGUGUGCUGCCUUGGUCACGCCAGAAGCGGCAGAAGCGCCGGCAGCUCAGCCGGGAGUGCCCUCCGUGUGGCCGCUCAGCAGGCGUGCACAGGGGCUAUAGGGGGAGAGGUAGCUGUGUGGAAGCUGGGCAAAGGGUACAGGUGGCGGCUGUAGGGCAGUGGAGUAGCGGCGGCGGCUGUGGAGCCGGCAGGCAGCAUCUGGUAGUGUGGGGCGGAGGGAGGACAGGGUGAGCAGGCGGGCGCAUGGGCAGGAGGAUUCGGCUGGAAGGUCCGGGGCAUGGCGCUGGACGUGGUGUCUAGUGGAAUGAGGGCGUGAAUGUGUUGCAAUGUAAUUUGCAAGCCUGGGUGUGGUGCUACGGCAGGGCCCCGAAGCUUAGGUUACGGUCGCAUGACCGUUGACGCACUCGGGUAGCGACUGCGGUGCUAGGAGUCGACAGGGUAGGUGGGGGAAUGGGGGCGAAAGGGACAGAGGGACUGACCGUGUGCGCGACUGUGCGAGGCAGUAAACAAGAAACACGCCGGAUGCAAGCACGGUGCCACGGUGCCUGCAAUGUGCGCUUCUAUGGGCGCGAUGGCAAGAUG